UCCCAUGAAACCACACGACCCUCGACAUAGAGUACGGUUGAAUCGGUCAAGCAUGAUCGUGCGAAGGCUUUCAUCUCUCGUUUCAACUGUUUCGCAAAGGUUCUCCAAUGGAUCACGAACUCGCUUGAUCACUGGUCCGACAUGUUCUAUUCAAAAUCAGGUUUACGCUCAGUGUCGACAUAACUUCCAAGUGGCACGGUCAUAUGCCAGUGGAAACCGUAAAGACUACAAUCUGUUUGGGAGUAAGGUACCAGGCGAUGAAGAUUUCAGAAACACCUGGAAGAAAGAAAUGGAGGAUGACUCUACUCUGUGGACUGGAAGUGAAGAUGAAAGUGAUUCUGAAGAAGAAAGUGGGAAAAAUCGGCUCGAAAGGAAUAUCAAGAAAGUAAGACAACAAGCCAAAGAUAACUCCCAUCUAAUUGAUGGGGAUGAUAGUGAUGAGCUAUACAGUGUUUGGUCCGAGAGUGACGAGGAAAAGACCCUCUGGACUGGCGAUGAAGGUGAUGACGACGAUGAUAUUCCAAGUGACCCGUACCCCAAUGAAGCCUCUGACAAAUACUUAGAUAAAUUGUUUGAGUUUGAAGAAAAACCCAAGUACCGGACAAUGUCAGAGAUGUUGAAAUCAGAAAACGAGCCUGAAGAACUUUCACCAGGGAAAAAAGCCAGGAAACUUGCCGUUGAGAAUGCAUUGAAGAAAUUGAAGAAAGGACCUGACGGGCGAUAUACGAACGUGUGGGAAGUGAUGAGCGAUAUCGAUAUUCUGAUCGGAGCAUUUGAAAAUAUCAUAUCAGGACCUGAAUAUGAAGAGCUCAGAAAGGGUGGACCAAAGAGAUUGAAUAUGCAGUUCUUCAAGGAUAUACAGGCUCGUAUGAGAGACCCAAAUUAUAAAUUCACCCCUGAAAUAAGACUGAAGCCGAAGAGCAAGUUGGUGCCAAGGAAGAAAUGGCAGAAGGCACAGUCCAGAAGAAGGAAGGCUCAGAAGCGGUGAAGCUCAACUGAGACAGGUUAAAGUAUUCACUAAGCUAAAGCUUCAUACACACAAGAAGAAGUUGCUGUAUCGUUUUGAUGAAUCUGCUUAGAAGACGUCAAAGCUGCAGAAGAUUAUGACAAGAGGGUGAAAACAGCCAAAAGUUCCGAACUUUACUCCUUCGGACAUGUAAUCUAAGGUAAAUUCCCUGUCUUAUGCUAUAUACAGAAUCGGUGCUUGACCGUCAACAUACCAUCCCACGAUGCGUGGAAUGGAAGCAGUCAAAUACCAGACACCGUCUCGUGGCGUAGCCUAUAACGAUUGAACCCUAUAUUCUUUGUUUUCUGGAUAGAGCAAAAGCCAUAUGAAGAAAGGUGAUGCUUGGUCCCCUUUGCAUCCAUUUUAGCAAAGAUUACAGCUUUUUGCUCUUUGAUUUUUGAUUAAGUAUCACUUUCUCGUUAAAGCAUAACAUUGACGUUGACCCUCUUCACGUUUUUUCAUAUAGAAAGUUUUUUCAGAAAGGAAGCAAAUUUGCUUAACAGAUCAGAGGAUGCUGGUUUAUAUUUAUUUAUACAUAGGAAUAUAAAUAAUUCGAUCUAUAAUGUUAUUAGUAAAUCCUGAAAAGGGUCGUCUCAAUUCUCACGUAUGUGAAAUAAAAUAUAGUCUCUGUGUUUUGUCA